AUGGCUAGCAUCGCAUCAUCUGCACUGCGGGCGUCGACCCGCCUCACAGCUGGAUCGGCCGCUGCGACCGCGGCCAAAACAGCUUCUCGCUCUCUACCCAGGGCCGCAGCCGCCACUGCCGCAUCGAGGAGAACUUCGGGGCGGACCUAUGUGUCUGAGUCCAAGCCCGACAACGCUCGUGUCGAGACGGCUAUCAAGCUGGACAAGAAGGACUUCACAGAUAUCCCCCCCCCGGGUGCCGACACGCCAAAGGAUGCCAAGGUCAGCCCCAUGGCCGAGGUCCUCAAGUCGGCCGCCGUCAUGGAGGAGGGCCAACGCCCAAUCUACCUGGACAUGCAGGCCACAACACCCUUGGACCCUCGGGUCCUCGACGCCAUGAUCCCCUUUUACGUCGGCGUUUACGGCAAUCCCCAUUCGCGGACGCACGCCUAUGGCUGGGAGAGUGAAAAGGCCGUUGAGGAGGCACGAGAGCAUGUGGCGAGUCUCAUUGGAGCCGAUCCUAAGGAGAUUAUCUUCACCAGCGGCGCCACCGAGAGCAACAACAUGAGCAUCAAGGGCGUAGCCCGCUUCUUCGGCCGAUCAGGAAAGAAGAACCACAUCAUCACCACACAGACAGAGCACAAGUGCGUCCUGGACAGCUGCCGGCAUCUGCAGGACGAAGGUUUCGAGGUCACGUACCUGCCCGUUCAACACAACGGCUUGAUCAGGAUGGAGGACCUGGAGGCCGCCAUUCGUCCUGAGACUGCUCUGGUUAGCGUCAUGGCUGUCAACAAUGAGAUCGGCGUCAUUCAGCCUAUCGAGGCUAUCGGCAAGCUUUGCCGAUCAAGGAAGAUCUUCUUCCACACAGAUGCGGCUCAAGCCGUCGGCAAGAUUCCCCUGGAUGUCAACGCCAUGAACAUUGACUUGAUGUCUAUCUCGUCACACAAGAUCUACGGUCCCAAGGGAAUGGGCGCCUGCUACGUCCGGAGAAGGCCCAGAGUUCGUCUGGACCCCAUCAUCACCGGUGGUGGACAGGAGAGAGGUCUUCGUAGUGGAACCCUCGCACCGGCCCUGGCUGCUGGCUUUGGCGAGGCUUGUCGUCUUGCAAAGCAGGAAAUGGCGUACGAUACUAAGCGCAUCAAGUCGCUCUCAGACCGUCUUCUGAAAGGGCUUCUGUCCAUGGAACACACGUCGCAGAAUGGUGACCCCAACAGUUUCUACGCUGGCUGCGUCAAUGUCUCGUUUGCCUAUGUCGAGGGAGAAUCUCUUCUCAUGGCACUGAAGGACAUCGCCCUGUCGUCUGGCAGCGCGUGCACAUCUGCGUCGUUGGAGCCAAGCUACGUCCUCCGUGCGCUGGGUAACAGUGACGAGAGUGCUCACAGCAGUAUUCGCUUCGGAAUCGGCCGAUUCACAACCGAGGACGAGAUCGACUACGUGCUGAAGGCUGUGCAGGAGCGCGUCACCUUCCUCCGUGAGCUGAGUCCUCUCUGGGAGCUUGUCCAGGAGGGCAUCGACCUCGACAGUAUCCAGUGGAGCCAGCACUGA